AGCUAUUGACUGAAUUGCUAGAAGACUGUAGAGAAACCGCCGACGAGGGAAGGAUUAUGAUAGCGAACGCCCAGUUGGCUGAGGCCAGGGGUGAUAUCGACGCGGCGUUGACUUUAUUGCGAGACAUCAGACAAGAACAGGGCGACCACUUCGUCCGCUCCCGUGAACUCAUGGCUGCGAUGUAUCUCAAGCAUAGAAAAGAUCGGCGCCUAUACGCCGGCUGUUACAGAGAAAUUCUUGAUAAAAAGCCAACGACUCAAUCAUUCCUAAUGCUCGGCGACGCAUAUAUGCAUAUUCUUGAGCCGGAGCGGGCGAUAGAGAUAUACGAACAGGCGUUGAAGAAGAAUCCCAAAGACUGGGUCCUCACCAGAAAAGUUGGACAGGCGUUGAUUAAAACACAUUUUUACGAAAAGGCCGUCACGUAUUAUAAGGCGGCCAUUAAGACUAGUGGUCAAAAUGCGUUUCGAUAUGACCUAGCUCAUCUACUAUGGCGUUUGAAAAGAUUUAGUGAAUCGCAGGCUAUUAUCACAAAUGCUUUGGAGAUAUCGCAGAGUCAAUCUCAAGACUUGCAAACACUGGAGUGGGAGGUGAAACUGGUCAAUUUGUUGGGUCAGGUGCAGCUCAACACUGAUAAUAAAGACACAGCUAUUGCUACCUUAAAACGGGCGCAUCAGACAAACCAAAAAUUAAUGAGACGAUUGCCUGUCGAACAGCCGGAUCUUUUAGCUGAACAGAAGAAAUUUUCCAUUAGUUUAUGCAAACAAUUGGGUGAACUCAUCUCAAGCCACUUGCGAGACAACAAACAGGCACUCAAUGUCUAUAAGGAAGCGCUGAAUUACGACGAGGCAAACGCCGAGAUCCUGAUGUUGAUGGCAAAGCUCGAGGCCUCGAACCAGAACUUCGAUAUCGCACACAACUAUUGUGUCGCUAUUCUUAAACACGCGCCCCAUUUGGAUGAACCCGUUCUGAUGAUGGCUGACCUGACGUUCAGACAAAACGAUUUUGACGGAGCGCUCAAUCAUUUCACUGAGUUAUUAACGAGAAAACCGAAGACGGCCAGACGUGUGGGUCAAUUAGAUUUAGUGCCUCCUGUUCUCGAAAAGGCUGAAAAGUUUUCUUCACGAACUCAAUUAGAUUCGGGGUUUCAUUACUCCAAAGGACUCUAUCAAUGGUUUACAGGUGAUAAUAACGAGGCGUUAAAGAGCUUCAAUAAGGCCCGACAGGACCCAGAAAUAGGUGUUACAGUCACUUAUCAUAUGAUUGAGAUUUGCAUCAAUCCCGACAAUGAGACCAUCGGUGGCGAGACGUUUGAAAGUAUGGUUCAGCUCAGUCAGACGGAAAGGGAUAGCUAUCAAAGCGCUGCACUCAAGACCGCAGACUCUCUCCUAAAUGACUUGAAAAGCAAAGUUUUCGAUGAACUGGACUUUCAUAUAAUGUGUAACUUUGUAUUACUGGCCAAACGGACCAAAAACGAGGCAGAUUUAGCUCUCAAUGAAUUUAUGAAAUUACUUAACGAUGACAGAUAUAGAGAUAAUGUGGCGGCGCUUCUGGGAGUGGCGACGGCUUUUAUGAUAUUAAAGCAAACGCCAAAAGCCAGGAAUCAUUUGAAAAGAGUGGCCAAAAAUAGUUGGAAUUUUCAAGAAGCGGAAUAUUUGGAAAAAUGCUGGCUAUUGUUGUCUGAUAUAUACAUCCAAUCGGGUAAAUACGAUAUGGCUAUUGAACUGCUGAAGAAAGUGUUGCUCUACAAUAAGUCAUGUAUGAAAGCGUAUGAAUACUUGGGUUACAUAAUGGAAAAGGAGCAGAGCUAUAGGGAUGCGGCGCAUAAUUAUGAACAAGCUUGGAAAUUCACAAAUUGCAAUAAUCCCAACAUUGGCUACAAACUAGCCUUUAAUUUUAUGAAAGCUAAGCGAUAUGUAGACGCCAUCGAUGUCUGCAAAGAAAUUCUGACAAAAUAUCCCGAAUAUCCUAAAGUCAGGAAAGAGAUUCUUGACAAAUGCCGGAACUCAUUGAAAAUGUAAUGGUUUUUGAACCCAAGAAUUCAAAGAAUAUUCAGUGAUAUUUCAAAAACAUUGUAAUUAUUUAUUUUAAAAUAAAGCCUAUUAUUAUAUACAGCGAAGAGAAUGUACGG